AUGAAUCCCAACCAAGGGUUCAUUAAUGCUGGUGCUCUUAUAGAACAAUUAGAAAGUGCAGAUUUUCGUCUCUUGGUGACCAAAGAAACAAGCAUGGCUCAGGCUUCUUUUAUUUGCCUUCUCCUCAGUUUUUCCAUCAUAAUCCUUUCUAAUGCAGCUGAUAUAAAUAUAGACUGUGGAUCAUCAAGCUCGCACGUUGAUGCGGACAACAGAACGUGGGUGGGAGACACCGGAUUUGUAACCACCGGUUUGACGUCCACAUUUAAACCAAUAGUCACAACCGCUGAAUCUCUAACCACGCUCCGGUAUUUUCCUACGGGGGAGACAAACUGUUACUCCAACAUUCCGGUCGAUAAAGGUGGGAAAGUAUUAGUUCGGACGAGAUUCAACUAUGGGAACUACGACGGAGAGAACAAGGCUCCCAAGUUUGAUGUCGUGUAUGAUGGGAAACAUCGAGAUUCGGUCGUCACGGUGACAUCGAUCAGCGGUACACGAUCCGAGGCGAUAUAUAUUCCUGAGAGCGGUAAUACUAGUGUAUGCUUUUUCCGUAUGUUUUUGAACGAAAACCCUUUUGUGUCUACCAUUGAAAUACGGAGGCUGGACGACUCCAUGUACACCGAUCUUGGUCCUAAGGAAGGUUUCAUUCUCCAGCAACGAACCGCCUACGGUAGGGUACAGGAUUUAGUAAGGUCCCCGUUUGAUCCUUACGAUAGAAUUUGGGCGCCAACACCACUUUCAACCGUAACUCUAACAAGUGCUGCCACUUCUAUCAACACUUCAGGGGCUGACAAUCGACCACCUGAGAUUGUCCUUCGGACCGCUUGGUCUCGGGAAGACAUGGCUUUCUAUGAUAUAAAACUACCUUUUUCCGGAGUAACAUUUUACAUUGUCCUUUACUUCUCGGAACCACUGACCCUUGCUUCCGACCAAAAGCGGACUUUCUACGUUAACUACGAUAACAAACAAGUGGGUCCAAGUGUAAUUGCGCCACCUUUCGGGGCAGUGACUCAAGCUUCUCUGAGGGCUGUCGUGACGACAAGUCUUCCCUAUCUAACAUUUAAAGCUAAACCAGACUCGACUUUGAACCCACUCAUCAAUGCUCUCGAGCUUUAUGUUAUUAGCAAUAGUGCUGGAAACGGGACAAAUUCAACUAGCAGCGGCAGUGGAGGUAGUCCUAGCACUGGUGGUGGUGGUGGCGGCAGUCCUAGCACAGGUGGUGGUGGCGGAAGCCCUACCACUGGCGGUGGUGGGGAAAGCCCUAGCACUGGCGGUGGUGGUGGCAGCUCAGGCUCCGGUGGUGGUGGAGGCAAAUCCGAUUCUUCAGGGGAGAAAAGCGGCAACUUAGUUGUGUCUCUUAGUAUUUCAAUUCCGUCGAUAGCUGUUCUUGGAACUGGUGGUUGGUUCGCAUAUAAAUUUUUCUUCAAAGCCAAGCGCAGUCCUGAAUCAGAAAGUACAUAGCACCCUCUCUUUUUUUCUUUUAGUACAAAUAAACUCAUUUACUCAAUAUUUUUAUUUUUUGGAACACAAACUCAUUUACUCAAUAGUAUACAAUUUAUUUGAAUUAUAUACACUGAUACAUAAUUUUUAUUGACAUAAAUCACGUGCGUGAUGUUUUGUUGCAGGGCCACUUACCACCACCAUCAAUCAUCAUCAUUAUGGGAGUGAACAGACGGUCAUCGCACCGAA